AUGCAAUCGUUGGGUGUUGAUGCCGUGCAGAGCAAACUCCUGAGGCCUCCCUUUUCCUUUGGAUUGCCAACGCAAGCCUAUACCUCUGACCAUGCCAGUCAAAAUCCUUCUGUCGAUGAGUCUGCAUCAUCGCCAACAAAUACUGCUAGCGGUGGCCCCCAAGAUCCUGCUCAAAGUAGCCUCAAGGCACCACUAGCGGAUUCCACUGGCAGUAUCCGUCAAGAUCCUACUGCAAAUGACCAUAAAUUACCGCCCGCUAGUGAUAGCCAGCCGCAGCUAGAACGCACACAUAGAGCUGCUUCCUCUUCUGUCUUGCUGGGGAACUUGCCGACAAUUUCCCGGGAUAAGGAUCACCGGGUCUUUUUGGUCGCAGAGGAUAUAGAGACUUAUCUAAAGCGGGAUCUGGACCACACUCGGCUUAACAGAAUACAUAGGCAUCUUUGGAUGGCCGGGAGACCCCUAAAUGCCAGACCCAUACACCGAUUGAAGAUGAUGGGUUUCAAUAUACUCCUGACAGAGCAAGCGGACCUCCAUCUCCUCAAAUUCUCGAACACGAUCUUCAUCAAGCCGCUUCCGGAUUAUAUGCUAAACUUCAUGUUCUGGGACAAAUAUCUCUGUGAAUCGGAGGAGCUUCAUAAAUCUGCCUGUGGAAUCUUGCUCUCCUAUGUUUGGUUGAUAUGCUCUUCUCUCGACUUGAAAUUAGCUCACAAGCUAGAUCUUCUCCCAUGUGAGAUAACGUGGAUCGAGUGGAAAAGUUUCGUGGCAGAUUUCCUCUCUAAUGUCGACCCAAAUACGCUCGACCAGGUCAAUAAACGCUACCACUUUGGCGAGCUGCGACUAGGAAGGAUCAAUUCAAUAUACAGGAUCCGAUUUUUCUCCACGCACUUCAUUCGCGGCUAUUUAUACGGCUAUAACCGCUAUGCGAUCUUCUUCCAGAGAAAUUUCGCCUGGAUACUCAUCGUAUUAGUAUAUUUUUCCCUUAUACUCUCGGCGAUGCAGGUCGGUGCCACUGUACCACCACUGAACACGAACCACACCUUUCAGCAGGUUUCUUACGGCUUUUCGGUCUUCUCAAUUGUCACCGUGUUAGUAGUUGUGUGUUUUGUGGGGAUCUUGUUCGUGACAAUAUUCUUAGUUAAUAUGGUCCUGGCUAUUUCGCACGAGAAGAAGAAGAGGAGAGACCGGAAAAUCCUCUCCCGCGAGAGUGAGGGAACAGCCAAAGCUUAG